UAAUUUGACAUCGACAAGGAGAUAUUGAGACGCCACGAUUCAAUGCCGAUUGCUGAGACGAUUUCUCUCUUUCUCUAGUCAAAUUCUAACAGCUACUUGUGUAGUAGCUCUUAGGCAGAGGCUCAAGUACUAGUAUCACCAUAUUGAUUGAGGCAUUCUAAACCUUCAUUGCGACUGCUCGAGAAUCUCUAUGUUGAAUAUGCCUCUCAAAACAUGGCAUUGUUCUUCUAAUCGCGUUUAAAGUCUCCAUAUGCUCCAGAAGGCUGCUUUUAUUUACAGAUGGCACACUCAUUUGUUAGGAGCUGUCCAUCUAUACGCUCCUUUUUGAAAUGAUUAUAUACCCUCUUGCUCGUGUUUGCUUCCGUUUGUCACUCUUUAGCCUUUUCCGUCGUGCCAGUCUCAUCGAGCCUGGAGAAGUGCAUGUACAUGUACAAAGUUGCGCAACGACAAAGCCGCAUAAUGUCUUCCAUGUUCCGUUCUCCAGAAGACGUCUCGUCUUCAGAUUCCGAGCCUCUGCCACAGUUCGACCCUAGUGAUACCACUGGAUGGGAGCCAGGACACCCCAAAAAGGUUCCGACAGACGCAAGCACCGAUACUGUGGAAAAUUCACCCCCUCACGAAUAUGAAACUUCCCAUUAUGAGCAAAUUGAAACCAGCGGUCGUCUUGACCAGGGGGAUAUACCUGACCUCAAUGCAGAAGGGCAGGCCGCCAUGAUGACAGCCGCCCUCCUGGAAUUCUACUGCCAAAGCCGCGCUGCUGAUAUCCUCAACGGGCAACCUGAAUCUCAUGGACAAUAUACUCGAGAUUCUCCUGAGGCUAAAUUCCUGGGACGGCAUAUGUACGCCUACAAGUCCCAGUUCUUGUCUAAUCACGGCGUUAUUGCAGGAGGAGUCGACGGAGAGGAUUGGGAAAGCACGAGACAGUUUUAUCGGGAUAAUCUCGAUGUGCUUGGCGUGGCUGCUCUAGGGGAUGCGGACUUGAACUCCCGGUCUCCUCAUCCACCAUCUAGGGGAGUCAUCGGACAGGCUGCGGGAACGAUAGACGUUGGGCAACUUCAAACACAAUUAGAAGGCCUCGAUCUUGAAAACAUAAAGAACUUCACGCCACAACGCACUUCCCGCCCUAAUCUUCAGAGACGCAUUACUGAUAAGGCCCAUGCUGAAGCUCCCAACGAGCAAAUGCUGCCAAAUAUCGCAGAUCUCGUAAGGCAUAUACGUACUCCGUUUCCACAUCUUCCCAUCAAUUUGCCUGCUUUAUAUGCACCAACCAUGAACUUCCCUGGCUCUCGAUAUAGGAUUGAGUUUGAAGAGGAAGCCAUGAUUGGUAGAGGUUCAUAUGGUGCUGUGUACCGUGUGAGACAUCAUGUCGAUGGUCAAGUUUAUGCAGUGAAAAAAAUACCCCUGGGCGAGAAACGACUAAGACAGGUGCAAGAAUGUGGUUUGCUGGCCCUGGAUAAUAUCUUGAAGGAGGUUAGGACUCUUGCCCGGUUAGAGCAUCCCAACGUUGUACGUUAUUAUGGUGCUUGGGCUGAAUGCCCCAGUGGCCCAAUUCUAAAGUCACCUUCCACUGGUUUUCCGGUUCAUCAUCGCGAGAUGGACGAUAAUCAACAACCUCUUUUGAGCCCCGUAUCGUCAUCACAACAGAACGAUGAUUUAAACUUUAGUAUCGUUUUUGAGGAUUCUAGCCAUGGAAUCGUCUUUGAAAACUCCUCUAAAGAUUGUGAAAGUGCAAUUGAAGAAACAGGGCCCUCGUCCGACUCUCCCAGCUCACGACAUAAUAAACGGAAAUGUUUCCAGAAAUCGAGUUGUAAGACUGAUAUUGGAGACGACGAAGUCCAGUCUCUUCCACGGCAUUUCGACUUCCCAGCCCCUAGCCAAACGACAACGGAGAGCGAGACAAAUGAUGAUGUUUUUACUGACGGGAUGGGGCAUACUGGCUCCAGGUGCCAUGUUAGCCAGAAAGUUGGCCUUGUGAAACCUAAUCCUGUUUUGAUGUUACACAUUCAAAUGUCUCUCCAUCCGGUGAGCUUGGCAAAAUACCUAAUCGCGAAGCCCGUUACGUUAGAUCCGAAAGCUCCCCAUCAUUGUUUCCAUCUCGUUCCCUCUCUCAAAAUCAUUCUAGGAGUCUUGGCAGGAGUUGAGUAUCUGCAUACUACUGGCAUAGUCCAUCGUGACCUGAAGCCUGCAAAUAUUUUCCUCUCUCCGGCUGGCGUGCAGGACAACCCAGUUUGCCCAACAUGCGAGAAAGCCGGCAUUGAAAGGACAUGGUACACGACACCUCGCAUCGGCGAUUUCGGCCUCGUUGCGGAAAUAUCCCGAUUUGGAGACGAAAAUGAAGUGUUAUUCGAUUCCGUGUAUAAUUCUACCGGUACCCCUAUUCGCCCUGUUGGUACGGAAUUCUAUCGACCCCCCAUCAUCACAUCGCCUUGCUCCUCCUCACGGCAUCGCAUACACCACGAAAUUGAUGAUAACGGCGACGGCCACGGUGGCAAUGAGGUACGCAAUCGUAAGAUACAAAAGAUCCUCAACGUCGACGAAAGCCUAGACGUUUUUGCGUUAGGUGUCAUCUUGUUUGAACUGCUGUACAAAUUUGAGACCCGAAUGGAGCGUCAAAUGGCACUGUGUGAUCUGACCUGUUCACCCAACAAGCGGAUGAAGCAUUAUCAGCAUGACUACCAUCACCAGCGCAGGCCUUCUGGUCUCGUCCCAACUUUGCCAUCUGAUUUCGCAGCCAAGGUCGACUGCUCAGGGAUAUUCAAGGGCGGGAACGAGAAGGACACUGCUGAUAUCCUUCGAAAGUUGACAGAGUGUAUACAAGGGAUGCUGGAUCCGGAUCCUCGUUGCAGAUGGUCAUGUAAAGAUGUACAACGAUGUUUGAAUGACAUAAUCUCCAGGGUUGAAAAUCCAAGCUGGAAUAAUGGUGUUGGAUUAAAUUAGGAGGAGAAAUAUUUCCACUGGCCCGCUCCGUCCUUAAGUCUCAAUUCCCCAUAAAUCUCCCCUCCUUUUACGUAUUUUUCCCCCCCUUUCCGUGCUCCACGAGUUUCUGCUGGCAUUUAAUUUGAAGAACUCGCCGCUUUUUAACUUUUGUUAUUUUCUUCUAACUUUCAACGGCAUCGUGUCGCUUCUGUAUGACUUCCAAUACUAAUACCCUAGAUUUCGAUUGCGAUUAAACUUCUGAGACAUUAUGAUAAACCGUACAAG